CCAUGAUGGAUGCUCUCUGGCAAUAUCAAUUCAGGAUCAUCCUGCUCGGUGACUCUACUGUGGGCAAGUCGUCAUUGUUGAAGCGCUUCACGGAUGGGAUUUAUAGUGAUGUGGCGGACCCAACGGUCGGUGUGGAUUUUUACGCCCGUUCAGUAGACAUUGAACCCGGGGUGAAGAUUAAAUUGCAGCUAUGGGACACCGCCGGACAAGAACGAUUUAGGUCCAUCACGACCUCCUACUACCGCAACUCUGUGGGCGGGCUGCUGGUCUUCGACUUGACCAACCGCAAGACGUUUGAGCACGUGCGGGAGUGGCACCGCGAGGUGAGUGAGCACAUCCUGCCGCACCACAUGGUCUACAUCCUGGUGGGACACAAGAGCGACCUGGUGGACCCUCGUGGCGGCGCCGGACGCAAGGUGACGCGCGAGGAGGCGGAGCAGCUGGCGGCCGAGCUGGGCAUCCGCUACGUGGAGACGUCGGCCAAGCAGAACAGCAACGUGGACCGCGCCUUCGAGCUGCUGACGCGCGACAUCCUGGAGCUGAUGCGCAUGGGCGAGAUCGUGACGCGUGACGGCUGGGACGGCGUCAAGAGCAGCCUCACCGCCAAGGUGCUGUACCCCACCGAGGACGACGACGACAUGCUCGCCGCGCCCGAGAGGGAGAAGAGCUGCAGCUGCUGAUUGGCCGACUGACACUGGGGGGGGCGGGGCCUACACACACAC